CAACCCCCUCAUGCAUUUCUCCUCCACUUAAAACAGCUCUCUUCUCUGUCUUGGCUGGCGUCUUGUGUAUGCAUAGCUAGCAGUGGGUGAAAAGCAAAAACUACUAUUUCUUUUUAUCUCUGGCAGAUGUUACUACGACCGCUACUGUUGCCCUCUACCCAAUUCAAUACCUAAAGCCACAGCCAACAACAAAAACUAUCAACAAAAUUUUUUCCACCUGUGGACAGGAAAAAGCAGAAAUCAGAGUGAGAAUGGCAAAGAAAAUGGGAGAAAUUUAGAAGGAAACUGACGGAAAAAUUCACUUAUUUGUUCACAUUUUAUGGAGAUUCUUCUGCGGUAGCUGUUGUUGCCUCUGCCUGUUUGUUCUUUCUCCUUUUAUUGUUCUUGUUGUGCAGGCGAAGCAAAAACCCUAGGUACAUUUCAUUGUCUACUUCUCCAGAUCUUGAUACCGAUUAAACUCGCCGAUCUAUUCAAUCACUGUCAAUGUGGAACUCAGCUACGACAAGUUCACUCAAUGGAGAAAUCAGGCGAUUCAAUUAGUUGCAAUGCUAAGCAUUUUGAAGUACUGGAGUGUUUUGGUUGAGUGAAGGUUUCAAUGUCGGCUUCUUUAUCGUCUUUCGAGCGGCCGAGAGCUGGAGCUUCCAAUACGCUUCAAAAAAAGAGAAAAAAAGAAAGGAAAGAGUCCAGUGAUGGCUGAUGGAUGCUGUUCCUAUUUUAUAGACUGUGGUUGAUAUUUUCCAAUUGGUCAUAAUGAUACCGUUUUCUUUUUGGCCAAAGGUUUUCAAGAGUGGGCCGCUUUUCAUAUCUUCAAAAGGAUUAGGCUGGAAAUCAUGGAAGAAACGGUGGUUUAUCUUGACACGCACUUCAUUGGUGUUCUUCAAAAAUAAUCCCAUUUUGUGUUUGAUUGUCAUGCAGAGUGCUUUACCACAAAGAGGUGGCGAAGUGAAUUUAACUUUGGGAGGAAUUGACUUAAACAAUUCGGGGAGUGUUGUUGUCAGGGAGGAUAAAAAGUUGUUAACUGUCUUAUUUCCUGAUGGACGUGAUGGGCGAGCAUUUACCCUCAAGGCUGAAACUUCUGAGGAUUUAUAUGAGUGGAAAACAGCCCUGGAACACGCCCUUGCACAAGCACCAAGCGCUGCUCUGGUUAUUGGACAUAAUGGAAUUUUUCGGAGUGAUACCAAUGAUGCUAUUGAAGGGUCUUUCCAUCAAUGGAGGGAUAAACGUCCAAUAAAGUCAUUGGUUGUUGGACGACCAAUUUUGCUUGCCCUUGAAGAUAUCGAUGGAAGUCCAUCGUUCCUUGAGAAAGCUCUUCGUUUUCUUGAGAAAUUUGGAACUAAAGCCGAAGGAAUUUUGCGACAAUCUGCUGAUGUUGAGGAGGUUGAACACAGAGUUCAAGAAUAUGAACAAGGCAAGACUGAAUUUGAAGCAGAUGAAGAUGCUCAUGUCAUUGGUGAUUGUGUAAAGCAUGUCUUAAGGGAGCUGCCCUCCUCUCCAGUUCCAGCAUCCUGCUGCACAGCAUUGCUGGAGGCUUAUAAAAUUGAUCAUAAGGAAGCUCGGAUUAAUGCAAUGCGCUCUGCAACAUUGGAGACAUUUCCUGAACCAAACCGACGUUUGUUACAGAGAAUUCUGAAGAUGAUGCAUACAAUAUCUUCUCAUGCUCAUGAAAAUCGAAUGAAUGCAUCUGCUGUUGCUGCUUGCAUGGCACCCUUGCUGUUACGUCCUCUAUUAGCUGGUGAAUGUGAAUUAGAGGAUGACUUUGAUAUUAAUGGUGACAGUUCUUCUCAGCUUCUUGCUGCUGCCAAUGCUGCUAAUAAUGCUCAAGCCAUCAUUACAACUCUUAUAGAGGAGUAUGACAAUAUUUUUGAUGAUGAAAAUCUGCAGCGAUGCUCAAUCUCUGCUGAUUCUCGAAUCGAAAACAGUGGGAGUGACGAUUCAUCUGAUGAUGAAAAUACGGAUGUGAAAGAAAAUGGUUAUCAUGAUGCAGAAAAUGAAGUUGAUCAAGAAACUGAUUAUGAUGCUGAACGUGUACUCAGUGGAAAAUUAAGUGAGAGCAGUGGUUCUGGUGGCAGUGAUCUUUAUGAAUAUAAGGCAUUUGGUGGUGAUGAAUCAGAUGGAUCACCAAGAAAUCUUCACGUACCAGCUGAGAGUUCAAACUUACCUGUUGAAUCAGUGCAAACUAGAGACCCAAUUGUUCAACUGAUGGAACAACCAAGUAAAAUGAAGAAAGGAACUGAUGAUUCAAACAAUGAGAUGGAUACUUCAAAUGUGUCACAUAUUGGUGAAUCUCAAGGAUCAAUGGGGGAAAUUCUAUCUUCAAUUGAUCCUAUUCCUUCUUUACCUGUACGUGGGCUUGAUUCAUCUGCUGAGAAACCAGCCGGUAAAGUUGCAACCUCCAAUCUCAAUGGAAAGCGAUCAACAUUCUGGGGAAGGAGUAAUGCCAAAAAGACACCAGUGAUGGAAUCUUUUGAUUCUUCUGGAGAAGAAGAGUUUGCUAUUCAGAGGCUUGAGAUUGCAAAAAAUGACUUGAAACAGAGGAUUGCAAAGGAGUCCCGAGGGAAUGCAAUUUUACAAGCUAGCUUAGAGAGAAGGAAGCAAGCUUUGCAUGAGCGACGGAUGGCACUUGAACAAGAUGUGGCAAGGUUGCAAGAGCAGCUGCAAGCUGAAAGAGAUCUUAGAGCUGCACUCGAAGUUGGCUUGAGCAUAUCUUCUGGACAGUUCUCCAGUUCACGGGGCAUGGAUUCCAAAACAAGGGCUGAGCUUGAGGAGAUUGCUCUCGCCGAAGCAGAUGUGGCCAGGUUGAAAGAGAAAGUUGCAGAACUCCACCACCAACUUAAUCAGCAAAGGCAGCAUCAUUAUGGUUUCCUCUCUGAUGCAUGUGACCGUUAUCAACAUGUCCAAAAUCAUAGCACUCAGCAGAGAUUUCUUCAGCAAGAUUUUGAUGCAACCCUGGCUUUUGUGAAUCAUGAAAGGAAACAAAGAACUGAGGAGUGUUUGUUGGGGACAGAUUGGAGGAAUAUUAAAGGAACAGGAUUAGCAACUGGCAGCAGUAGCAGGCAGCCUCCUCGAAAGCAAUUUCUGGAAUCGACCAGCCUCAGUGAUUCUAAAAGCACCGAGGCAUCCACUAACAUGUCCAUGAAUGAGAUGUGUGGUGUGGAUUCUGCUCCUUCCACUUCGAAGGCAGUAGAGAUGAUGGAUUAUUCAAGACAUCCAUCAGCAGCAUCUUCAGCUUUGGUAGAAUUAACAACGAGGCUUGAUUUCUUUAAGGAGAGGCGUUCUCAACUGAUGGAACAGCUCCACAACCUUGACUUGAACUAUGGCACAACAUCAUCACAGGAUUUUAUUUAUAGACCAUCAUCCCCACCCUGGAACUGACAAAAGGUGAUGUGAUGCUCACCAAUGAGUCAAUGUUGCUGUUGUACAUUCUUCCAGAAUUGCAUAUAGUUGUAUUUUGUGUACUCUUGCUUCAAUUCCAAUAUUUUCUCUUCUUUUUUCACCUCUCUCUACAUUUUCCUAGUUGGAACAUGACUGGAUUCUGAUCUUCAUUUUCCCCCUCAUUGCCAUGCCUUCCAUUGUUGUAAAAAAAGAAAGUGUUAUUUGUUGUGUCAAUAUUUAGCUGAUCUGUUCUGAACAUACAAAUUGGAACGGACUUUUUUCCUUUUAAGAAACAUUAUGCCUUGUAUUUAUUUGAUAAGAACACUCCUGUGUAUAAUUGAUUGAAUGAUCGGACUGUGAUGGGUUGGGUGUAUUUCAAAUGCAAAGUUUUUGAGGUUCAAUUUAAUAGAAAUGCUUGCUAC